UGCCGGCUCUGCCGUGAUUUAUGGAAAGCGGUUUCUGACGCGGGGUUUUUUCUAUUACGCCACGGACCCACGGACUGGAGGAGGCAAAGCUGCAGUCAGGGCAGGAGAAGUGAGGGAGGGGAAGAGGCGGGAGCACAGGGACACGGAGGAGUGGGGAGGACAGAGGGAGAAACAGGCACCGAGACACUUCAGAGAUGGGUGAGUUAUAACUAAGAGAGCAGGAGGAAAGGCAGAGAAAGGAAGAGAAGGAGAGUGGUGAGGAAGAGAAAGGGAAAGGAGAUCAGAGACUGAGUCAGCCUCCAGAGGGCAAACACCAGGAGACGAGUUCGGGGAACACCCCAGCACACCAAGAAGGACCUGUUCUGUCCGAAUCUUCGCCAUGAGCACAAAGAAGAGCUGCCCCCUGCCACUGGGGCAAGGAGACCGGGAGGAGAAGCAGAACGAGGGUGCUCCCGACCUGGAGCGACAGGAGUGUGAGAUGGAGCUGAGGAACAAAGCUAUUCUGCAACAGAAGAGGCGCCUCAAACAGGCCACCCAGUUUGUGCACAAGGACUCUGCUGAUCUGCUGCCCCUGGAUGGCUUGACAAGGCUUGGCACCUCCAAGGAUCUGCAGCCUCACAGUGUGGUCCAGCGGCGCCUCUUGGAAGGCAACCUGAACAAGCUGCGGGGCGAGGCCAGGGGUCAGUCUGCACGGGUUCAAUCUCCACUGGCAAAAGACCAGGAUGAAAAGAUGGAAAAGGGAGAGGACAGGAGAAAAGAGACUUCACCCCUGCUAAUACAGUGCCAGUGCCAAGGUCAGGUAUUGAAAGCAACUGUUAACACUGGGUGUCUACCAAACCUCAUCUCCAAGAGGUGUCUAAACCUGCUGGGGCUGGAAGAAGUGUCUGCCAUGGACUGUGGAGACCUCUCUCCUCCCAUCCCCAGCGUUGUUGGCCAAGUAGAACACUUGGAGUUGCAAUUCGGUCAGGAGACAGUGCUGUGUUCAGCACUGGUUGUAGAUGAUGAAAUGCUGGAGUUUUGCAUUGGCCUCCAGACUCUGUUGUCUCUUAAGAGUUGCAUCGACUUGGAGGAAGGAGUCGUGAGAUUUAAAGCACUGAGUGAGGAGCUGCCUUUUCUACAUGCCUCUGAAGAGCCUGGUCAGUGACUGGCUGCAUUCCCCAUGUCUGGAGACUUGCUGCCAUGAGAGAGAGAGAUGAGGGUGAGGCUCCCAUGCCCCUAACCUUGCUGAGUUCUAGGCUGAGGCAUUCAAUGGGGAGUGAGAAAAAGGCAAGUGGGUGCUGGAAGCUGUCACUGGGAGUGCCUCAACUUGAGAUAUCCCACCUUUCAGUGGACCCUCUUGCUUGUCCUGAUGUGCUGAGUGGGCAUCUUGUUCUUGUUCUGCUAUUUGGCCCUAGUCACUCCAAUUUCUGGUUCUGUAAUAAAUUUAUGCUAUCCCUUUAAUGACUUUACAACACACUGUUCACAAGAGAGUCUCUGUGAACAAUCUCCAGUUGUUCUACUGACAGGAGAACAGCAUUUUCUCCAAAGACCUCCAAAGAUUACCACAAAUGUUUCCCUUCUCGUUGCCUCAAUGCCAGCGUACACCAGUCCUGUUUCUUUGUCAGAAGGGCUCUGUUCCCUUUGUCUGUACUCUGGGAAGCUGGAUUUUGCUGCCUUUGGCUGGCUCAGAGCAGAACAGAAGUAUUUUCUUGGGAAAACUGUGGCAAAAACAGUUUUAGAGUUCUCAGUUCUAAGAAACCCUCGCAGAAAUGUUGAGUGCAGACGCCUAAAGCACUGACAGGGGCUUGGGCUUUGCCAUUGCAUCUCUGGGCACUAAGCUAUAUUAUAUGAAUGGCAAUGCUUACCAUCCCUUGGUGUAUACCCUGUAAUCAGACUUGCACACCCUGCUCUUCUGGCCAGGCCACUCCUCUCUGCACUCCAGCUGCUAGAGCUGCAUCCCUGUUCCCUCUGCUGCUUCACUGGAGAUCCUGCCACAGUUGAAAUACUGUGAUGAAUUACAGCACCAAGUCUUCUGCUCUGUCAGCUCCUUCCUUCCAACUUGAAAUCCAGCAAUUAGACACAUCAUCAGCCUUGAGUCCUGGCAUCACACAGCCCAUCAACUUUGCUUCUCUUGCACCAAAUGAGAAUUUGUAGCAUCAGCUCUGGUUAGAGGGCUGUGAACUCAUCUGGAAUGUUAAGGGUGAUUAUUGAGUCACUUAACAAUUGGGUUUGAUUUCUUUAAUUUCUUUUUAAUUUCCAUACUAAAGCAUAGCUUUAUUAAAAAUGCAUAAUCUAUUCUUAACUAGCUCUAGGAAAAAUGCACUUGAUCAGGGCUUGUUCCAUGCCUCAUGGCUACUGACUCACUAUCCAAACUGCAAAAUAUACCUUUACCAACCUUUAAAAGGCUAUGACAACCCUGUUUUGCCUAUUUUCCUGGAUUAAACACCUCUGACGCUCUUCCUUUUUUAUCAAACUGGUCAUUGUCCCUGUUGUGCUUCUCAAAAAACGUGUGUAUCAUCAGACUAAAGCCUGGCUGAUAUGAUUUGAGAUUCACUUACCAGUGAUAGUUGGCGUGACUGGCAUCUGCUGCUCCUACUUUUACUGUUAGUCAUCAUAUCUUGCAGCUUCUGAUACAUUCCUUGACAUCUCUGCCACUCUUCUGCUUGUGCAUCUGACUAUUUCUGGCUGCAUGAACUGCUUUCCAUGAAUCUCUCGAGUGACACCAAUGGUUCUCUCAUUUAGUCAGGAAAGCAUGCCUGAUCCAUGAGCCAGUCUUUCAAAGCAGCAGUAAUUCCUCCUGGAUUUGUAUCACUUGCAUGCCUGACUGGCUUCUCAAAUCUCUGUCAAGGGGUCUAGAUAGCUCACACUUGUACUAAACCAUCUUGUAUUCUAGCUGCAGUCUAUGUGGUGCCUGGGCCAAUUCUGCUGACAAAAUCUUGCUUGUGAUAGACAAAACACCUGUUGCUAUAUGCAUCAACUCACCCACUUUCCAACUCCCCUUGCCCUCUAAAAACAGCAUGUAGAACAAGGGCAAAUACUCUAUGCAUACAGAUACCACAUCCAUUACAAAUCUUAUUAAUUUCUAUGAUCUAUUAUAAAAACCCUCUAAAUCACAACCCAAAAGCAGACUUUAGCCCUAACCCAAACAAUAAACCCUAACAAUGACCCUAAAUCUAAGACGUAAAGCACUAAAUCCUAAUCCUAAAUUUAACCCCUAAAACAAACUCUAAAACUUAAUGCUAAUUUUAACACCUAAAUCAAAUCUCCAUCUCCUAGCUAUAAAACAUAAUAUUUAACAUAACCCUCUAAAUUUAACACUGUACCCCAACAUUUACCACGUGACUUUAAACCCAAGACAGAAACCUAAUCAUAAAGAUAUUAACUAUAAACCUUAAUCCCAAAACCUAACCACAAUCUCUAACCCUAAUGCUAACCAUGAAACUAACCCCAGCCCCUAAACCUAAACUCCAAGGCCUAAACCUAACCCCUAACUCUAAACCCCAAACCAUGUAACAAACCCUAACCCCUAACCCCAACUCUAAACACACCCCUACACCUAACCACAACCUAACCCAUAUCCCUAAGCCUACACCUAACCACAACCACCUAACCCUAUCUGAUGGCUUUUGUCAUUCCCACAAGGGGCCUUGCUUCCCUCCAGAGUGCCCUGGGGCUUUUGCUGAGUUUUGCUUUGCCCUGCAAGGGGCCCUGCUGCCUUUCAGAGUGUCCCAGGGCCUUUGCCAGGCCCAUAUGGGGCCCUGCUUCCCUGUGGAGCAUCACAGGGCUUUGCUGAUGCCCAGGCAGGUCUCUGCUGCCUUCCAGAGUGUCUGACAGCUUUUGCUGGGCUUUGCUGAUGCCCACAAGUGCAUGGGAAGGGGAGGGCCACCAACAGCUCUAAGUCCUGGCCACUUCCUUGUGACAGCGAUGCCCGGUGUCAGUUUUGCAGCUGGGUCCUGGCUAGGGCAGAGUGUAGGUGAGUUGGAGCCUUCAGACUGAAGCCAACAGGAAUCUUUCCAAUGAUUUAAAAGGAGUGUUGUGUGGGAUCCUACAGAAAACUGCCACGACUUUGAGUUGACAAUUCUGUUUUGACUACUGCCUGUCACUAGCAGCCCUGCAGACACUGCACACUAGCUGCUGCUGGAACUCACCAGGUGCUGUUCCUACAUGUCUGUCUUGGAAUAACUGCUUUUGCUCACAUCCAGAACAUCCUCCAGCCUUUCUGAAGCCUUUCUGUGGAUCACAUGCCUCAUAUCCUAAACCACUAACAGUUCAAGCUCAUCUGUGAAUUAAUGUGUUACAGAAGGUGAAAAUCUCCAGCCCUACCUAUUCCUCUCUUCUCUGCUUAGUGACUCCUUCUUUGCAUCCUCCUUUCCUUCCACUCACACUGGUGAGCAGAACGCGACAAACUUCCUUCAAAAAGGAAUUCUUUCCUUUUUACAGAAUCCUUUUAACACUUGCCUUUUACCCUGGCUGCUAAUACACUCCCACAUUGUGCCACAAUCUUGCCAGCCUUUCCUCUUUGUUGCUAACAACUGCAUGUAUAAGUUUUCAGUUACAAGAGAGGAUGUUUCCAAGAAAGCACUCAAUUAGUGCGAGUUCUUUUCUCAGCUCUGAAAUCAGCUCCAGGGCAGAAGACAUGCUCUUCACCUUCCUCCUGUCCAUGUCAGUUGAACACAAGAUCCACUCAGUAGAAGUCUCUUUUGUCCAGACAUUGAGGAAUCUGUUGCCAACACUUGGAACUUCCCCAUCAAGCUUUGUUGCAGGCAGAACUUCCAGAAAAAAACCCAUCUAUAUGACUAAAUGAGAACUGCAGGUCAUGAUGCCAUGGCAGACACCUCACUUCAACCCAUUCACUAAACCACAGUCUAAUCCUACAGGUCAGUACCUGUUUUCCUCACCAACACAGCUCCUGGUGGGUUUUCAUCUCCCCAAGUUACUUGGUAUAAAAUGACACAGUUAUUGCGUUUGACACGUGUAUUCUGAAUUCUAGCCCACAGAUAUUUUUCUUUCUCCAAAGCAAUUUUUUGUCAUUACAUCUGAAGCACAACCUCCACUGUGAAAGAAGGAAGUCUUGGCUUUAAAAAGUGAUUGUAAAAUAGGACUUACAACAUCUCAAAGAAGCCAACUCAACUCCCAUCUACAAACAUGGUCAUUUUUAAGUCUUCCAACACUGGGAAGCACAGUAAGUAAUUUUUGAGUGGGCUGGCAAGGCUGAAGACUGUCUUAAUUGUAGUUUCUCUUGGAAAAGCCUAUUACACAGAUAUACUUCCCUACUCCCAAUUCCAGUCAUCUCUAUUGCUUUUGGGAGAUAAAGGUAACAAAGGCAUAAUCUAAAGGUUUUUUUCACUGAAGAUCAAAAAAUGCUAACACUUCCAUAAAGAAAGCAGAAGUUCAGUACAAACUGCCAGCUCAGAGCAGGACAUAGGCACAACCUGCAUGUGUCCAACACUGACUUCCUUGUGAUGAGACCUGUCCCUUCAAUAUAAAAAAUGGAAUGUUAUUAUUUUAGGGAUAAUCUCUUUGAACCACCUUGGUGGUCAGUUCCUAUCAGGGCUGCUUUCUAAUAGAGUGGGUACAGCAGCUGUGGAAAAGUCUGCCGGGAAACACCUGCCAUGGCAAAUCUCUGGAACGGUAUGCAAUACACCCAGGGGUGGGGAGAAGGACUUCUGUCCUUCCUGAGAACAUGCACUCUGCCAAAGCCAUAAUCAGGACCACUUCCAGGAGCUUAGGGUCACUUGCUUUUGAACAGAAUGGGAGCUGCAGCCAUCCAUAUUCCCAGAGGCUUGCUCCUUUUUUCACCACCAGCAGGUGAGCUAUGGCAUUGAAGACCACUG